UGGGUGUAUAUUCAUUUUAUUUUUCUCUUGGUGUUGUUAUAAUACUAUUUACUUUACUUUUUCUUAAUGUAUACUUAAUUUUAGCGUCCCAGGACAUAUUACUUUCCUUUGCUCCGAUGUGUCCUGUAAAUAUUUCCCAUAUUUAAUCAAGGUGGCUCACCUGAGGAACCUCUUGUCAAUGCGUCCAUUUCUCUCCGUCAUGCAUGCAAAGGCUCUCAUUUGGAAAUGCGAGAUCAAAUGGGGAGGUGCGUUUCAGGAUAGGGCCGGUUCUACAGUUGGAAAAGAGGGCGAACAGACAUGCUGACCCUCCUGGCUUUGGGGUGGACCAAAAGGAAAGUGGAACAACUGGGCCGCAGUUUGAGCCAGAGAUAUCUAAAGAUCAUAAGGAUCCUUAGAGAACAAAUGGAGAGCCUGAAUAUGACCAGAAAUGAGCUGGGUGUGGAUGACGACACACUGCAGCAAUGGGUGGCCGAUGUGCAGAAAUGGGCUGAAGAAACUGAUCAAACUGAUGGCAGCCUUGGAGCGUUGCAGGCACGACUAGAGGAGCUUGUCGUCAUCAUCAGAGUGCGAACACAAAGUCUUUACAGACAAAAUGAUAGCAACAAGAGGCGACACAGAAUUCGCAAGGUCAUCUUAGAUGAGAAGAAACGCUUGGCGGCUGCUGUUGACGACUACAACAAGCUUGCUGAACCAACAAAGCAAAUUGUAUCCAGUGAUGCCCUCAUCCAGACCGACAUUUGGCUCUGGCAGAGCACAAGUGAACCUGCUGCUGAACUCCAGACAAAGAGAAAGGUCUUUGAGAAGGUGAUGGCUGUGAGGCGCCUGAGAGAGGAGGAGAUGAUCCUUUGCAGGGAGAUGCGGCAUCACUGGACAGUGUUGCAAAUGCGAUCUGUGGUGUUGGGGACAAUCUCCUCAGACUCCUCCUUUGUUGGCAUGUCGGAGGAUUCACAGAAGGGACUCUGUAGCCUGGUUUUAAGAAAACAAAGUGAACUGAAAGCUGAAAUGCUCAAAAUAAAGGACGUGUACAAGAGAAUCCUCAGCCACCAACCACUCCUGGAAAUGGACUCGGAGGAGGAGGAGGACAUUCCAGACGAUGCCACUGAGAGUGAUUUGAGCACUUCUGAUGAAGACUGAUUGUGUCAUCAUUGAUGUUAUUUUUGGUAAAAUAAAAAGUUAAUCACAUCUCUGUUUAAUGUGAUUUUUCAACAGACAUUUUACAUUUUGAGAAGAAAAAUGGA